AUGGGACUCAUUUAUCUGCUGCUGCAUACUGGUCACGACGGCCCUUUUCAACUUUCAAUCGCUGCUGCUGGUAAUUUUGCUCAUAAUCUGCACGAGCAGCUAUGCGCACUCGAUCAUGCCCGGAAUUAUGGACCGGAAUCAGAAUGGGUAGGUGGUCACUUCGAGGCAGCGACAGGCAACGACAAGCUCGCGACGACGGACGCUAACGAAUCGACAGAAUCUUCGGGAUAUUCUGGAAAUGUGCUCGUGUCGGAGAAAGACUAA